GUCGUGGGUCGGGAUUGGGGCGGCGCUGUCUGAUAUCGCUGUCGGCGACAUAGACGGUGCGAUCGAGGGCACCCUGAGGGAUUCUGCCGACGACACCAAGCUGAGCGGACGGGUCGACGCGUUGGAGGGACGGGAUGCCACCCAGAGGGGCCGGGACAGGCUGGAGGGGUGGGGCCGUGCGGACAUCAUGGAGUUCAACCAGGCCAAGUGCAGGGUCCUGGAGGUCCUGCAGGUCCUCCCCCUGCAGUGCUGCCUCCAGCCCCGGGGCACCGACAGCAGAAGGACACGGAGCUGUUGGAGCGGGGCCAGAGGAGGCCCCGGAGAUGCUGGGAGGGCUGGAGCCCCUCUGCUGGGAGGACAGGCUGAGAGAGCUGGGGGGGUUCAGCCUGGAGAAGAGAAGGCUCCGCGGAGACCUUCCAGCCCCUUCCAGUCCCUAAAGGGGCUCCAGGAAAGCUGGGGAGGGACUCUGGAGCAGGGAAUCUAAUGAUAGUAUGAGGGGGAAGGGUUUCAAACCAAAAGACGGUAGAUUUAGCUUGCAUAUCGGGAAGAAAUUGUUUGCUGUGAGGGUGGUGAGCCCCUGGCCCAGGUUGCCCGGAGAAGCUCUGGCUGUCCCAUCCCUGGAGGGGUUCAAGGCCAGGUUGGCCGGGGCUUGGAGCAACCUGGGCUGGUGGGAGGUGUCCCUGCCCAGGGCAGGGGGUGGCACUGGGUGAUUUUUAAGGUCCCUUCCCACCCAAACCAGUCUGUGAUUCUAUGAAUUGUCAGGGGGCAGGAGGGGUGUGGGUUGUGCCAGGACAUGGUCCAUGUCCCUGGGGGGUGGGUUUGUCACAGCCCAUUCACCAGACGGGUGCAUGGAUGGCCCCCAAGGGGUAGGGAAGCCUCCACAGUGGCUGAGGGCCGAGGAGAGGCCACCAUGGCGGGUGGGGGGAGGGGAGCUGCAGCUGGGCAAGGCCCAGCCCUGCACGGGCCUGGGCCCCCAUCGCCAUGACCCCUUCAUGGCUGUUAAAAACCCCAGCAGUGAGGCAGCCGCACCCCUCAGCGUGAGGAGGUACUGUGCUCUGAGUGUUGGUAUCGUUUUAUUUUCAGGUAGACAGAGCGGGUUUGGGAGAGGGCGUUUGUGCCUUGCCCUUCCUGUCGGCGCCCUGCAGAGGAGCCGCUCCGGGGGCACCCGCGGGCUCCAUCUCCAAACAGCAUUACGGCAUCCAGCUGCCGGCUCUCGACAAACUUUUGGUUCCAGGCUCCCGGGCAGUUCAACUGCUGCUGCCGAGGGACACAGCUCUGGAUUUGCGGAGGCAGCAGGGAGCAUACACCAGGGCAUGCAUCUUCUUUCCUUCCCUCCUGGGUACUGUUUGAAAAUGAAUCCACGUACCUCCUGCCCCGAAAUGCGUCCCCAGUACGCCGGGUGCGGUCACUGUCCUCAGCUUGGUGGCGUUUGAGCAGAGGUUUCCCAGAUGAAGCCCCUUCCUAGAUCUUGGGAUCCUUCCCAGCGUGUGCCCAAUGAUACCUUACACAAGGUAAAAUCUAGCCUUGUGUCCAAACCCUGCCCUGCGUCAGGGCUUCUGGUGCAGCAGGUCCUGAGCCCGCUCCAGAAACGACAGGCUUUUCCAUGACUUUGAGGGGUUCCCUUUCCAGUCUCACCCUUUGCUAAAAUUUGGAAUCACAGUCACUCUCGUCAACAUUACUAAUUUUUUUUACCGUGUAAAACAGACUUUAUUUUUCUUCCUGUAAAGUUUGUGCAAUAGACAUCUAUAUACCUGUAGAAUACACCUCAAUAAAAAGUUUUUUGUCCAUACAUUAUAUUACUUUUUAUUUAAUGUCAUGAAAAAUUCAGACAACGCUUUUGUCCUUAAAUAAACAUUUCUCCCUCCCCUGCCCUCCCUUCCUAGCUGACUGGUCCGAAAGAGGAAAUUUUAUUUAGUUAUUUUCUUUUCUUUAAAAAAAUAGAAAUUACAAUCUUACAAGACAGAACAUUCAAUGAGAACAGAAGCAGGUUCCUAAAUCUAAAAAGUAAAACAUUUCCAUAAAACCUGUCGGUAUCU